UUUCUAACUUUAUAUCUACCUUCCCUUUCAAUCCGCCGAAAUCUGGUGAGAGCUCACCAUUAUUAAGGUUCAUAUGCCUGAGACCGAUCGCGCAGUUGUUACUGAGGCGCUUGGCGCAGCGGGCGGAAGCUCUCGGAGUCGAAACGUCGCAACCAAGAGGGGGACUGGCCGGUUGACUCAACCCGCCACGCGCAAGCCUACAGCUACGAUCACCAAGAAAAGACAAUCAAAGAAAACUCCGCCUCGUGGCUCAGUACGCCACUUCCCGUGCCGGCAAUGCGUCACGCGCGCCACCAAGGCCCCCGGCCAUGAGUGUGCCUCUCAAGAUAAUACGGGUGCUGCAUGCUGGGACUGCGCAAAAACCGGCCACACAUGCCGGCCGGUUCCAGCCGAAGCUCAUGCUGCUGUGCGUGCUUUUUGGGCAUUGAACCAGCAACUCAGCAACGGCGAUGGGGAUCCUGACGAAGUCUGGCGCUCUGCUGGACAGAGAGCGUUACAGCAACUGCGAGCCUGCGGAAACAUUGGGGUUUCUCCUCCUAUGCCACUACCAGUGGCUUCUCUGGCUUCUUUCGGCGAAACAACUGAGAAGAGUCUUGAGGAGAGAAAAACAAUGGCUUUGGAAACUAUCGCCUUGGCUGCGCGGCUCUGGGUUGUAAGUUUAAACAGGUCGGAAAUGCAAAUGCGAACACUGACCCGGUAGCAGCAACUAAACCAGGCAGCGGAAGAUGACGAGGGAGAGGGGGAACAAGAAGAUGAGGAUAAUUGAAUGACGUCGGUCUCCGAUGCACCAUCUGCCUUUCGAUGCUAUGUUCUCUGGUUUUGUAUUGAACUGAAUUGCAUUCUGCUGGUUCGCAGCGGACUCGCUUCUGUCAAGAAGGUGCUGUCCUCGUCGUGAAAAUGAAAAAAAAACAAAAAAACAAAGCUGAGG